UAUAUAAUAAAUUUUAUUAAAAUUAAUAUUUAAAUUCAAUUAGUAAUACCAUAAACUCUUUCGCAUUGGAAUAAUAGAAUCUAAACCUAGGAUAAAUUGGGAACUGGGCAGAGUUCACCUCACUAACCCAUUCUGUUCGUGGGUGUUUCUGAGACGUUGCAGAAAAUUGAUCAACUUGCAAAAACAUUUUCCAGUCAAAACACCAAGAAAGGGCAAAAAAAAAAAAAAAGAGAAAACUCUCUCUCUCUUUGGCGUUUGUGGUGCUUAUCUGAACACAAUCGUUUCCAAAGACAAAGAUAGUGAAACAUGAAGAGUAGGAAACAGAUUCCUAUGGAUGUGAUCUUCGACAUAUUCACAAGUCUUCCUGUUAAGUCUUUGGUAAGGUUCAGGUGCAUUUCCAAGAGCUGCUCCUCCAUUAUAACCAGCCAAGAUUUUGCCAAAAUGCACGCAAUUCUGUUUUCCAGGAUCAAAUCCGAGGUUCCGUUAAUACCAACUAUUAUCAUCAGCUGCUCCACCGAGCUUCAAUCUGCUCAAAUGUUCUUCUCCGCAGAGCUUCUUGAAGGGUCUCUGUCAGCAUCAGCAGUUCACCUGAGGACCAUCCCUCCUCGUUUCUCCCGCUACACAACCCCUUCAGUUAAUGGGUUAAUCUGCAUGGACUUUGGCCUUUGUGCCACCAUCUUUAACCCCAGUACUCGAGAGGCUUUUAAUUUACCAUUUGUUUGCCCUCCCAACUCUCCCGCUGCUGCUUCUACUUCCUUUUGCGUGAACUCAUUUGGGUUUGAUCCGAUCACCGAUUGUUAUAAGGUCUUGAACUCUUGGGCCGUUUCUGGAAAGGGUACUGAGUACAGGGUCUUGACAUUGGAGACAAACAACCAUUGGAGACUGCUUGGUGAUGGACCCUCGUUCUUCCCUAAGAGAGAAAGCGUUUGCAUUCAUGGAAUUAUAUAUUUCAAGUGCCAUUACGCUUCAGUUCUUUUCGCAUUUGAUGUCCACACAGAGAAAUUUCAUGAGAUUCCACUUCCAGAAGGUGUAUUCAAUUGGAGAAGUGAUUUAAUACAAUUUGGGGGGCGCUUGGCCCUUGUUGAUACUCAAUUUGAUUCUCCGUCCAAUUCAAUGAAUAUUUGGCUGCUAGAAGAUCAUCUUAUGAAUGAAUGGAUUGGUCAUACAAUCGUCUAUCCUGCAUCUUGGAAAGAAAUUGAAGGCUACCAAAACUUUUUGAUUGUUGGCACCAUUCAUACAGGUGAGAUUUUACUGGCACCACGCACUUUGUUGAAGCACUUUUGCGUGUAUAUCUAUGAUGUAGAAAGGAGGAGAUUGAGAAGGAUUGCAUUGUCUGGACUCCCGGAAUAUAGGCCUCUUGAUUAUUCUUCUAAUGCUGUCAUAGUCACCAAUUACGAGCAAAACAUUUUGAGUUUGGCAUAAUUGAUUAUUAGCCUCCUUCUGGUCCUAUAAUUUCUUCUUGUUUUGUUUUAAUUUAGUAUUUUGCUAGUGGAAUCAACUAACCUUUCUGCUGGCCUGCCUAUGCUGCUUAACAUUGUGGAUAAAGUGGCUGGUUUUGCAAUUAGACAUGGUUUUGGUCUUUGGCUCUUUGCUACCAAGUUAAAACCUCAGCAAAUUGAAAUUUAAAUGGAGAUUUACCCUGUUAUCCAAUUAAAAUCGGAGGCCUUUAUUAUGUGGCUGACAUUGGUAGCUUUUCCCUGUUUGAGUUAGCAUCCUAACCCUGCUGACAUUAGUAAGCUUUAAUUUGACCCCAUUAAUUUCUCCUAGUCAGUUGCUUUUGCUAUUUCUCUCCUCCCCUAUCAAUCUUUAAUUGUUCAAAAAUUACAAUUCAAAAUCUAAAAGAAAAGGCAAAGCCAAGGUAACUUUAACUGGCUGCAAAGAGCAGCUAACAUGCAUACAGUUUGAUACAGAAAAAAAGUCAAAAUUUUAAGCUUUUUCCUUUUCAAUUUAGGACCUUUCCUUUUCUUUUUCUGUCAAUUUGGGGUUUUGCUUUUCCGUUUCAUUAUCAUUUCGUAUAUUCAGUUACCUAUUACUGAACUAUAGAUUUAACUUUCUUUUUCUCUCCCUAAACCAAGGGCUCCUCUCUCUAAAGUGAGUCUUUUUUUGGGAUUUUCUCAGAGUGUCCUUUUUUGUUUCUUUUCCCUCUUGCUUUCCUCUUUCCAUUCGUCUCGUCCCUUUAGGAUUUCUAUACUUUUAGUUGUGAUUUGUUGGAAUCAUUCAAUUUUCUUCUUGUUUUUCUUCUUUACUUUUGAUUUUCAUGUUUUCUUUAGGUCUAGAACUUUAAGACAUGUUUGAUUAGGGUCUCAGUGCCUUACAUUGAUAGGGUUACAUAAGCUAAACACUUUAAUUCAUUGUUCAUCUAUUGGUUCUGGAUUUACGGUCAUUCUUAAACUGGUUUCAUUCUUCUCUGUGUGAUUAAUGAUGGAGGAAAUGAGAUUGUACCGAAGGACGGUGGAGUUGAAAUUGGGGAAGUCGUGAAGAAUACUUUGGUUGGAACUUGGAAAGAUUAUUGCAGAUAAACCCCUGAAUUGAAGAGGGGUUUUAAGCGAGCUAAGGAGUAUAUGGUCGCAGAAGGAGGCACCAAUGAUUCAAGAGCUUGGAUCUAACGUGUCUGGGAUCAAUUUUGCUCAAAAGGAGGUGAUGUUGCAAGUUUUGGAGAAGGAGCCAUGGUAAGUAAUGGGAUACUGCCCAACUCUUCAGCGCUGGACGGUAGAAACACUGUUCAGGAGAUAUGGUUUACUAAGAUUGACUAUUGGAUCCAAGUUCACAAUUUGCAGUUAGAGUUACUCAACAGAAUGCUGAGAAGAUUGGGGCGGUACUGGGAGACUUGGUAAAGUUGAGAGCCCUGAUUGGAACGAUGGCAUUGGUAGCCAUUGAUGUUCCAAAACCUCUGUUGGAAGGGUUUUAGGUGCCGCGAUAUGGGAAAAGUAAAGUGUGGGCAUGAGAGAUUAUUUGAUCUCUGUUUUACUGAUAACAGAUUGUGUGAGGAGGCAGUUAGAAUGGACACACGUGAUUGUCAGUUACAACAGAAAGCUCUCCAUUGUCCCUCUGCCAUGUGUCAUUCUCAGUCACCGUUGGAUAACAGGUCUGACUUUUGUUCAAAACCCCUCCCAAAUAACACCAUGUUUACCGUUUAAACCCUUCUUGAUGAACCUAUGGCCAUCUAAACCAACCGGCAUAUUUCAAAAGCACUUCUUCCCCUACUGAAAUAGCUGAAUUUUCUAACUGUAACCUGAUGACUGAUAAUUCCCCGACCAAAUGUUGAAACACUCGUUCCUUAACAAACCAUAAUCUUUCACAGGCUACAGCCUGCCCACACCAACAACAAAGUUUUGCUACCCACGAUCUCGUGUCAUACUUUGUUGAAUUACUUCCAGAAGAAAGUGAGGCUGUAGUUGAAGAAGAAGUGAAGCCUUUACCGGUAAGUGAUGUCUGUACUCUUUAUCAGUUUAGUAUUCAUUUUUUUUUUUUUUUUUUGAAAAUUGAAUCUCAAAGAGUUUCUGAUGAAGUCUUUGAUAAUGAUAAGGAGGGUGAAAAGAUGAAGAAACAAAGAGUAGGGUAUAGAAUUUGGUAAUGUACAAUCUCAAAAGAGUUUAUGUGAAAUUCCGUGAGGAUUCGAUCGACUAAGCCUAUUGUUGAUCGAAUUUGAUUCGUGUUAACCAUCGUUAGAGUCCUUUGUCGGGGGAGUCGAAUCGAAUUGGGUUCGAUUUAGUGUUUAUAGAGUAAUGUGGAUGGUUUGGAUUGUCUGGGAACUCGGAUUGAGUCUUUAUCUGAAAUUUCCUUUUUAUUUCAGUGCAAUUUUACUUUGUGUUUACAGAGUAAUGUAGAUAAUUUAGAUUGUAUAGAAUUGAGUCUUUCUGUGAAAUUGGCGGCUGCUGGCAGGGAAA